AUGCGCCACCUCCCCUACCUUCUGCGUCUUGUACAAAACGCGUUGGACAGGGCAGCAGCAGGACGCGCGACGGUGGCCAUUGCCCAUCGGCUACCUACAGUGAAGGACGCCGAUGUGAUGGCGGUGGUGUCAAAGGGUCGGAUUGUGGAAAGCGGAAAACAUCAUCAGCUGCUCUGCAAUCCGAAUGGAGAGUAUGCCAAUCUGGUUAAGAACCAGUUGACGGCAGCGAUGGACGAAGAAUGA